AAAUUACGUAUCACAGAAGUUGAAGAAUCGAUUGUGUCCUGACAACUGCUGUAAUUUCACGCAGCAGCGGCAGCGGCAGCAAUGGCAGUCGGGCAGUGAGACACAUGCCUCAGCAGUCUGUGAGCCGAAAACAUUUACCCUGAGGCUGAGAGAAGACACAUAACCAAAAUGUCUCGGCACAGAAAUGUUCGAGGUUACAACUACGAUGAAGACUUUGACGAUGAUGACGUGUAUGGACACUCUGUGGAUGAUGACUACUGCUGCAUAUCACCAGCAACAGCGAAUCAGUUCAUCUACUCACGUCAAGAGAGGCAAGCACCAAGGGAAGAGCCUUUAGAAGAGGAAGAAUAUGAAGAUGAUGUUCCCAUGUCCCCGACCGUCAGCCACGACCUCGACCCUCUUGAUCAAGCCAAGCUGUAUUCCUGUCUGGACCAUAUGCGCACUGUGCUCGGAGAUGCAGUGCCAGAUUCAGUCCUGACCCAGGCAGCCAUAAGAUGCGGAUUCGACCCACAGAAGGCCCUGGAUGCAGUCCUGUCUGAAGACGCUAAGACGGCCCCAGUUACCAGAAGCACCAAUGAAGAGAUGGCUCCGGUAGCAAGAGUGGGUCAGGAGAAAGAGCCGCUUCCACAAAGAAUAAGACCAGAGGCAGAGAAAGGAGCCAGCUUGUCUGCUUCUCACACAGACACUACAUCCAAUGCACAUAAACCCCAGGCUGAUGGGUGCAAACACACACGCCCGCAUGUGCAAGCAAGUGCACCAAACUUGCGCGACCUCUUAUCGCAACAUCAGGCUGACCCCGUAGUUAGCAGCUCUGAAAAUGUAAAGAACGGUGCUUGUGUUAGCAGUGGUGCCAGUCUGGCACAGCUCAUGUCUGAGCACGGGCAGAAGAGUAAAGCGACAGGAGGAGUUGACGUAGGACGAGGUUUGUGUGUGCCCUCAUUAAGUGCUCUCACCGUAGGAUCUCAUUCACCUCCGUCCAUUCUGUCCAAUCAGAGUAGUCUUUCACUUGGAACGCUGGCGUCUUUAAACAUGACUUCAACAUCUCCCGGCUCAGCCCCCACCCUCCUCUCAGUUUCACUCAGUAGUCUGUCACUAAACAACCCCAAGAUGACAACUGUAACCUCCUCUCUGGCUGCUCCUCCUGGGUUCGGGAGUCUCAGUUCUGUCGUCUUGAGCAAUCAGCGCCCAGUGGGAGUUGCGACUGGAGGCAAAGCCACAAUUGCCGAUCCUAAGGGAAGUCCAUCACUGGCUGAUUUAAUCCAGGAACAUUCAAACCGCAGCCCAACCCUCAGUAACUCCUUUCCUACUCCCCAAAGCAGCAUAACUUCUGUGACGUGUCAGGGGAUGGCGGGACCAGCACAAACAUUCUUGCUGUCUGCUCUCGUUUCACAGCACCAAAACAGGAAUAUGCACAUUCAGUCUCAAUCACAGAGCACUGGACAACCAGCAAACACACUCAAGUUUCCUCAACCAACCAACAGUGCUUCUGCAUGCCUAGGUGGGACUGUGUCACUGUCUCAGCUAGCCCUGCAGCAUCAAACCAACAGCUCCUUCACUUCCCCUCAACCCGUGAGUGCAAAAUCUCCAGCAAGUGCACUGAAGCAACCACCUGGCAUCUCUGAGCUGCUCUCUUUGUCACAUUUGGCAUCUGAACACAAAGACAAAACCUCAACCACCUCAAAUGGGUCACAGUACUCCCUCACCUCGCUCCUUUCACCAGCAAAACCAGAAAGGGCUGGUGUGUUAGCACAGGGUGCUACAGAGGGUGGUACCAAGUGUAUGCUCAACCACAAACCAUACCACCAAAACAUCAGGCCAUCCAAGCAGAAGCAGACUAUUGAUUUGAGCGCACUCAUGGCCCAGUCGGAUGGAGCAGCCCCUCGUCACUUUGACAACGACCUUCCCUCACCGUCCUCUCCAACUUCUGUUUCCAUGGGGCUGGAUUCUUCGGUGUUUGCACAGCCGUCAGUUUUUGCAGUUACUUUGUCAGUUCCGAGCCGCAAACAUCAGAAACGGGUGAGAAAAUGUUUAAAGAGAACAGUAAGGGAUAAGAGGACAGGAAAUGGUUACCAGGACUUCCUGUGGAAAUCGCAGGACAAAUCUGAAGCGCAGCAUACCCCGCUCUCACCAAUUGCACCGUUCCGCUUCGACACGCCCUCACCUGAUGACAUCGUCCGUGCUAAUCAGCGAAAAGCUUUCACCAGGUAGACAAGAGGAAACAAAUCUUACUUAAAGGAACACUUCACUGCCCAAAUGAUAAGCUUUGUACCAGUUAUUUACCCUGUGUUGCGCUGAAUUUGUGAAGAAAACUUUGGCAUCGGGGUUCGCAUUCUACAACAGCAAAACUAUAUCAAAACAUCUGUUUAAAAACCCUCACACAGCUUGUAAAGUAUAAUCUACAACUUAUUUUCCAGGGGUUUGCUCAGUACUAUGCAAACAGACAGCCCUUUCUGACACGGAACUGAACAGAAAGUGAAACUUAAUCUAAACUCUCUUCAAAGCCGGACUCCAUUGACAAAAAUGGUAAUUUAAAAGUAAAAUUACUGUUUUUGUCAAUGGAGUCUGGCGUGAAGAUAGCAUACAUUAAGUUUCACUUUUACUUCAGUUCCCUGUAAGAAAGGGCUGUCUGUUUGGGAAGUACUGAGCAUACGACUGGAUGAAUGAAACUUGGAUUGUACGGCACAAGUUGUGUGUGAGUUUGCAAACAGAUCGUGAUAUAGUUUUGUUGCUGCUAAACGCGGACCACUAUGACUUCAAUUCAUUGAGAAAUUUUCUACGCUUUUGGAGACUUUGUUCCUUAGAGGCAUGCAGGAAAUUAAACAAAACACAGGCUGAGUAACUGAUAUUCAAAUGGUCAUUUGGGGGGUUGAAGUAUUCCCUUAUCUCAGCAGCGCUCAGGUUGGUGCUAAACUGGCUCACUUUGGAUGGGAACCUCAGAUCUUUUGGGUGGCCUUUGCUCCACCAACUGAACUGAACUCAAAGAGAUGAAGCCCUCAGGGUCAACAGUCUUUUUAAUUAUGCCCCACAAUCAAUCAUGGAGAGCAAAUAAACUUUUGGGACCAACAGUACAAGAGAAUGACACACUGAUAACUGCUUAAACAAACUGCUAGAAACAGUAUUACCACAUUAUGCACUUCUUUUUUUAAUAAAGGCACGCAAACAAGUCUCAUUUUGCUACUACACACAGAACAGUGUUUCACUCAAACAGUAUAAACUGCUCAGUCUCUCUGGCAGCUUGGAAAUAAUCGCAGCUAAGUUUCAAAGGACUGUAUGUAUUUUAAGAACUUGUAGAACUUUUCUCAUUUACUGUGCUCAAUAUUUUUUCUACAUUUUAAAUUUGAGUCUUAUUUUCUACACUUUGAUGGCCAUUUGGCUUUUUAAUUGACGUUCUUUUUGUAUGAGACUGAAGUAGUGUAAUCUUAGCCAGGGAAAACUCAAAGCAUAACUCUUUCUGCACGGCCUCUUUUUUUUUUGUGAGUUUUUGAUCUGCAUGAACCUUCAAAAGAGAAAAAAAAGGUUGAUUUUGUUUGCAGGUGUGCUGCAGCUAUUGGAAUAUGGAUCAGUUAACCAUUGUUCUGGUUUACUGCUGCCUGUGUUUGAGAUCACGGGGUAGACAUUUUGGUUUAGAGGACACCUGGAGAUUUUCCCAUGAGGGAGCGAGAACAAACACAUGCACGUGCACGCAGACAAAUGAACACUUUUAAUGUUUGAUAUUGUAGGAAUGAGUUUACUAUGAAUGCAAGCGCUGUGAAUAAAGAGAGCACUGGAUGAGUCAAAAUGAAUGCCUCCAGACCUGAGGUAAAAGAGGUUUUUCUUGUUCUUACAAGCUUUUAAUAUUACGAUGUACAAAUGAGUUUGAUUCACGUAGGGUGUGUCAUAACACUCUGCCAGAGGUUAAUUUGUCAAUUUUGAAAUAAAGAUGACUGAAUGUACACACUCAGAA